AUAUGUCGUAAAUAAACAAAUACAGUUCAAAUUGUUGCUUCUGUCGGUGAUAACACGACACAGUGCUUGAGUGAUAAGAUAAAUACUUUAAAACAUUUUCGUCUUUCUGUCAUUUCGUGCAUUCAUUUCAACAAAUUGUGACGGUUUUGCAACAAAUAUGUCCGUCGAUUCAGUCUCCACCCCCUCGACACCUUCCACCCCCUGCAGCCCCCCAGCCGAGCCCUUCAGCAUCGAAGUGAUCACAGCGGGGGACGCGGACGAAGUCUUGCGGUUCUUGCGGUGUUUUUUCAUCCGAGAUGAGCCCCUGAACCACAGUAUUGGGCUUCUGGACGGGAAGGAAACCUGUCCGGAGCUGGAGUCGUAUUCCAUCAAGGAUUUAGACAGUGGACUUAAUCUCAAGGCGGUUUCCAACGGGAAGAUAAUCGGGGUUUGCCUCAACGGCAUCCUGACUCGGGGCUAUCUGGAGGAGAUCGAAGAAGCGAACUGUGAGGACAAAAAGUUCGAGUCGAUUUUGAGGCUCCUCGACCAUGUCGCAGUCCAGUCGGACAUUUUCUCGCAUUUCCCGGACGUGGAUAAAGCCAUGGUUGUGAAAAUCCUCUCUGUGGAUAGCUCUCUACGAGGACGAGGGAUCGCAAAGGAUCUGAUGAAUAGGACGAGAGACCUUGCCCGAGAACUGGGCUGCGGUAUAAUGACCGCCGAUUGCACGAGUCACUUCACAGCAAGGGCUCUGAAGAAGCUGGGAUUUGAAUGCAUUUACUCUCUCAAUUACGAAGACUACAAAGUUAAUGGAGAAGUCGUGUUUACGCCGGAGACACCCCAUGCCGCCGUCACUGUUUACACGCAAAGAAUUGUGAAAUAAUCGUGCCACAAGGCGGACUUGGUUUCCUGAAGGCGCACAAUUUGCUUGGUGUUUGUGCUUGUGGAACAACUUUUAGACACAUUCCCUCUACUUGGAAAUUUCAAAAAUAGAUUUUAAGACAAUUAAUUAUCUAACUAGUGUGGAUAAUUGUUCCUCUUGAUGUAUUCGUUUUGGAAUACGUGGUUUAGGUUUUAUUCAUUUGGAAAAGUGCAAUGUCUGUUUAAAUUUUUAUGUUUACAUGGAGUUGCUCAUUGAUGUAUUAUAAAAGUUUUUAAACAAA